CCUACCGGUACCGUAUGACUGCCGGUGUGGUCUUGUUUGGAAAGGCUGGAAGCUCCAGGCAGCUCCGCCAUCAUCAGCGUGACUGUGAACUACCGGUAGGAGUUUGUUGCGCCAUGCUUUUGUUCGCCUCUCUUCCAGUCAUUCAAUCGGCAAGGAGAGAAGAUUGAAUUGCUCAAGACGGAUCCAAUUUCCUUAUUGACAAGCAAAGCAUGGCUGGUCAUUGCUUCUUGAACCCAGCAGCAGCACUCGGUCAGAUGUGAAUCGAAGCAAGAAUCGACGUGGAACGAUUGGCCGAGUUGUUCUCCCACUUGCAUGGAACAGAACAAUAUAGGCUCAUAGCAACAAAGGAAGAAAACUGCCGUCCUGACUUCCACUUUUGAGGUACUGGUACGGUUUCCGUGCUGCUUUCACUUUGCUCCCAGCCCCCAAAACCAGAACUCCUACCUGUUACUCUCAAAUGAUGCUGAUGUUCUUACUCAAAGUUUGGAUUAUUGGCAUCUCUGCACAAUAGCAUCAUUGUAUACCAACGAUUAAGCUCAGCGUUCUGCCCUCCCCUUGGCCCUAUUCGUUUGCCCGGAUUGAUUCCCACCGAACCCCGUCUCAAAUUGCAUUUCCGGCUCACCUGAGCCAUCUAUUGCCUUGCUCCUUUCAGCAAUCCAUACCUCAUCUACUGGCAAGCUAGCUAGAUAGCGAGGCCCUUGUUGAUUCCAGCACAGAUGCAAGCACCCAAAGAGCAAGGUUAGCUUUCUAAAGUUCGUAAAUGCUCAUGUGCCAGCGUUGUCGAUCAAUGCAAGCCGACCGAGCCAUUCGGGGAUACCGGUACAAUGUACUGGUACCGGUACGACUGUACCUGCAAGGUCCAGAAGCAUGACCGAAAUCCUUUUUGACAGUUUCUCAAAUGAGAAAGUAGUUUCUCAUUUGAGAAAUUAGUUUCUCAAAUGAGAAAGUUAGUUUCUCAUUUAUCGAAAAUGAGAAACUAUCUUUUUGAAAUGAGAAACUCUUUGAGAAACUACUAGUAAAUGUGUGGCAGAAGUGAGAAACUAUUUUCUCAAAUGAGAAAAUAAACUAUUAGUUUCUCAACUUGAGAAACUAGAAAUGAGAAAAUGAAACUAAAAAUGAGAAACUAAAACUGUUUGAAACAUUUCAAAACUUCGUAAGGGUUUCUGGACCUUGCUGAAAAAACUCCCGCGCGGUACGAACGCGGUAGCCUACCGGUACCGGUCUGCAUUAUUUAUUUACGAGAUGUUGGCUUAUUGUGACCGUCAGAGGUGACCGCCAAAGAAGAAAGAAAAGUAAGAAGACCGCGGUACCGUGCCACAAGCGAUGAUGUGCAGCGGAGGCUGCCAACGACCACAACAAACGAAGAGGGCGUCUCCUUUGCGUCGAUUUACAUGUAGCUAGCUAUUCCAACGAUAGAUACCCCUUCAAAGCCUUUCUCAGAAAAUUUCCAAGGAAGAGAAUCGGAUAUUGACGGCAGCCAUGCCCAGUUUACUGAACAAGCGCAGAGCACGAGAAGAAACAGAGGAACAACCAGAGACGGCUCAGUUUCUUCCAAAAGCGAAGAUUGUUGCUCGCGUCGCGCUGAUUUUGCUGGCAUGCCACACUUCCUACGUGUUCCGGUCCUCGGUCACAUCAUCCAACUUGCGGGGUCUUUUGGAAAGCUCCAAAGAUACCGUGACCAAAAUUGUUUCAGCAGCAGGAGAUGACGAGCCACCCGCUUGGACUCGGGCUUUGGAGCCAUUCUCAUCAAUAUCCAAAGAAAGCAACAACAGCAGUGACAGAGGAAUCUCAAGAGGUAUCCUGUCCAACAAGCCACUAUCCUUCUUUCGAGAACUACAGGACAAGGUCGACCGAGUGGAUGUCGAAAAACGAUGUCAACGGUUCGGCUACUCUCCACUGAAGAAAAACUAUUUCCAUAAGAAUCAUACCUCACAAACAACAACGUUCCAACGAAGGAUUUUCUUUGGCAGUCUGAUUGCCAGUGAAAGCUGGGAGACACUGGACAUUGUGGCCACAGAGGCAUAUGGGGUAUUGGAAGGGGUAGUUUUUGUGGAAUCCAAUCGGACUCAAAUGUUCAAGCACCGACCAGUGAAUUGGGAUGAUGCUGCCAAUAACACAGACCGAUUAAAAGCCUUGUUUGGGACACAAAAUGUACAAGUACGACAAUUCGUCAAUGAAGAUAACAAGCUGCUGGGCUUGGAGAGGGAACAGGUCCAACGAAGUGAAAUCGAAAAGGGUUGGAAAGAGUUGGGAAUGGGACCAAAUGAUGUUGGAUACGUAGGUGACGUUGACGAGACAUUCAGUCGGGAAUUUCUUCGGGUGGUCCAGAGUUGUGACAUUCCAGCCUUCGACCAUGAGAAGCACCACUGUAACAGCCAAGAAGCCAAGAUCCUUGGCUUUACUAGGGUCUUUGAAACAUCUCCAGAGUGCAUUGGCUCCAUCCACAAAUCAUGGUACCAUCCAGACAUGGUGGUUGGUGCCUGUGUGGAAGAGAUUGGAAAUUUGGAAACCAAUCCUCACGCACCCAGAAUCGGCACCAGCCGAGCUCCAGGGUUUGGAGCUUGCCGACGUGGUGUGGAAAACAUUACCGAUGACCAACACCCGUUGUACACAGCGGGUGACAUUCGAACAGCCUGUGGAGGCAAAUACCAGUUUCUCAAUGCUCCCAACUACACAACAUUCUCUGGGUUUCACAUGCACAAUUUCUUUGUGGAUUUUGAAGCACUUCGCUUCAAAUAUCUUACAUAUGGCCAUCCAGUGCCGAGAGCAAUGACCAUGCCACUGGAAAAGUUGAACGCCGAUGUCGAGUUCAUGAUCCGGUGUGUCAAAAACCAAACGGAUGCACCCGAGGAAGAUCAAAGGGAAAAGAAGGAUCAGAACCCUCUGCGGGAACCAGGGGGUGUCGACGCUGCAUUACCUCCCUUACCAAUCUACUUUAUGGACAAGGAUUACCGGGAUCGAAAACACAAUGCAAUCAAGGUUCAAAUUGAACAAGAUGAAAAGCGACGACGAGAGCGACUGAAGAUGGGCCCUAUAGAACAAGAGGUUGAAGAUGCAUCUGAGGAGCUCGAGGAAGCAAAGCGGCUUGUGUGGGCAAAGGAAGCACAUUUGGAAAAGCUAAAGAAGAAACUGAGUGAGGCUAAAAAAGGUAGUACCAGGAGAUAGCAAAAACUAAACUAGUAAAUUUUGACAGAUUUUUCCUGUUUGA